UGUGUCUGAUCCAUAGGUUUUAUAUAGUCUGCCGACCUCGUCCUCACACUGAACUGGGAGCGCUGUGAAAUAUUGAACAGUGUUAAAGAUGCCUUUCAUCGAGCUACAAACGAACCUGCCGGUCAGCUCCUUCCCUGAGGCAUUCAUGAUGAAGUUGUGUAGCAACACCGCAGCUGCUCUGGGAAAACCUGAGGACAGGAUGAAUGUGGUGGUGAAACCUGGGCUGCCAAUGCUGAUGGCAGGCUCUUGCUCUCCAUGCCUGAUGCUUUCAGUUUCUGCCAUCGGUGUGACUGACUCCGCUGAGAAGAACAAGGAGCACAGUGCCAAGAUCUUUGAGUUCCUGACCAGAGAACUUGGUCUGACUGACGACAGGAUUGUAAUUCAGUUCCACGCGCUGCAGCCUCACCAGGUCGGGAAGAAGGGAACCGUGAUGAGCUUCUUGUGAAGGAUGUUGUUGUUUCUGACACCGGUCGCGAUCUCAGUCCUAGCAACAGACGAAGUAGACAGACAAAAUCAGUUUCAAUCUCACAGUAAAGUAACGAUUGUCACUUUAAAGGCACUUACUGUAUUUUCUUUUCAUAUCAAGGUCUACUAUCAAACAGGAUACUAAGAAGUUCUCUUUUGAAUUAUUUAAAGACUAACAUUUACUUACAAAUGACUUGUAUAACAAAGUGUUAAAGAAGACAGCACUAGAACUACAGGGAAUAAAUGUCACUAUUUUCAACAAAAUCAUUUUGAGAAAACAGAAUUACAUUGUUUUUUCUUUUUUUAAUGCUCAGAAUAUUGACUUUAAUGUUUGUGAUGAUACAAAAAGUAAUGUUGCCUGAUCAUCUGUUCAGAGGUUUGAAACAGAAAAUAUAUUUUCAUUAAAAACAUGGAGAUUAACUGGA